GCAAGUUUACCUGCUGUCACAUUUUUAAGCGAACACAUUUAAUAAAUACUCUUAGACUAUGAAGCACGUGCAUUGUACAAGUAAGCGUAAAGACUUAAAAUUAUGAAAAUUUCACAUAAAUGAUCGGCAAAACCAUUUUAAAUGCACGUAACAAGACUCUGGGGCAAUGGCACUGUCACAGGUUCAGUGCCUCGAUGACAAUCACAUCAAUGUGCGAACUAACGAAUCCAAACCGGACUUUUUCUAUAGCGAAGAGCAGAGACUCGCGCUUGAGAGACUGAUACAUGCGGGACGUGAUGCCUUUGAGGAUUACAUUAAAACCAAAAACUUGAGAUGCUUUUUAUCGGACCUCGAACUCGAGAGGAUUCUCAACACCGUGGAAGUGUACAGCCCGGGUUCCUGUGAUAAUCCUGCUGAACUUCAUGGCGAGAGUGAUGGAGAUGCGUUUUCUCUCCAGUACUGGCCUGAGCGCUCGGAUUACUCCAUCCCACAGCUGGAUAUCGGCUGGCCGGACACGGCGUCUUACCGAGGAGUGACCCGCGUUCACGUGUACACUCAACCACCUUAUGAGGGUCAGUCACACAUAAAAGAGGUGGUGAGAAAAAUGAUUGGCCAAGCCCAGAAAGUUGUUGCAAUUGUCAUGGACCUGUUCACAGAUAUUGACAUCUUCAAAGAUGUCCUGGAUGCAAGUUACCGACGGAAAGUUGCUGUGUAUAUUAUACUGGAGAGCACUGGAGUGAAUCACUUCUUGAGAAUGUGUGACAAAGCAGGCAUGCACACAGGGCACCUCAAGAAUUUGAGAGUACGCAGCAUCAGAGGAGCCGAAUUCUUCAGCCGAUCUUCAAAGAAAGUGUGUGGAAGUCAAAGUCAGAAGUUCAUGUUCAUUGAUGGAGACAAAGCAGUCUCAGGCUCAUAUAGUUUUACAUGGUCCGCCUCUAGACUGGACAGAAACCUCAUCACUGUGCUGACCGGCCAUACGGUCGACAUAUUUGACAGAUUGUUUCAGGAUAUGUAUUUGAUUUCUAAUGGGGUGUGCCUGAGCGCGAUCAAUCUGGGCAGUGAGCCCGAGCGUCUCCCUCAAGCAGUAUCCGCUGUAUUCCCCACAGCAAAUACUGCACUUAAACUCAUUAACCCAAAAUACAGUCUGGUAUCCAACUGCACUUUCACUUCCAAUGGACCUGCGCCCGACCAAACAGGUGCCAAAAACACCAAUCAAAAGGAAGUGUUCAAACAAAUCAGAGAUGCUCCAGUGCUACCAGCGCUUCACCCGGGGCUGCUCGACCUGGAGAAAGCAAACAUGAUCGAUUACGUGCCGACCUGGCCAGAUCCUGAACCGGCAAGAGAUGUCAUUGGUUUCAUUAACAUAAGGGACACCAACAAGCCGCUGCAAGCUCAUCUGAUGCGUUCGGAACUCUUUGAAGUCUCUCAAGCCAUUCGAUUUAAGGAUACUUUAUGUAAGCCAAGGGAGCCUUUAUCUGUGAGGGCUUGUUCCAUAUCACAAACCGCCUCUGCUCAUGAAGAUCCAGCUCAGACAUGUACAGAAGCGCAGAGAAGUUCAGGGGAAACACAAAAGCAUGCCGAAUAUUUUGAUCAAAAUCAGCAACAGGAGAGCAGCCACACCAAGGAUCUUAAUUUGCCUCUACAAUCUCCACAGCCUGAAACGAUGCAUGUGCUUACUGGUCACAUAGUAGAUAAAGGAGCACCAGAUGUGAUGAAAAAAGAGCAGGACUCUUUGCAGAAUCAAAACAUUUGUACUGAUAAAGACUUGCCAGAUUCAACUUCUUGUUUUGUUAAAGACAAUACGUAUACAAAGAAAACCAUGAAUGUCUCACAAAUACUGCAAUGUCCUAUUCAAACCCCAAAUAAUCUUGAUUUCAAAUCAACAUCAGCAGGGUCUGACUCACUUGAUAACCCAGUAAGUGUUUCUGUUGAAAGCUUUGGUGACAAAGUCUUAACUGAUGGUGCCAUUCAGGGCCACGGAGAUACAAAACCAGUGUUGGUACUGGAUGAGACACAACAGAACUGUUAUGAUAGACAGAUUUCUAAAUCUGACUCUAACAUCUCUUCCUUGUCUGAUUAUUAUGAUUGCAUUAGCCCUGUUGCUGAUUUAAGGUUUGAAAGUGAGGCCUUUGUACUGGAAAAAACAUCAGACGUGCAAUCUUAUAAUCAGAUCAAAAACAUUCAUGAAGAACAGGAAUGUUCUUGUUUAAAUUCCUACACAAUUUACAAUUCUGAAGAAAAUAAACAAACCUGGUUUACUCCAGAAUCUUUGAAGACGUCUUUCAGUAAUGUAUACAAUUCAGUGUCGUAUACAAACCCAUCAGCAACGUCAACCACACAACCUUUCACGGCUGACACUGUCCAAGAGAGUUUACAUGACAAAGAGGAAUACUACGAGUGCAGUGAUACAGUGGGAUUUGAAUUUGACAGUAUGGUAAAUUCGAUGGAACCUAGCUCAGAGGAAAUGACCACACAGGAAGCUGAUACUGAACACUGCAACAUUGAGUCAACCUGUCAGAACAUGAAAAAAAUUUAUGAACGUAAAGUGCAGUCUGGAUCAGAGAAACAGUCUGGAGUCGAGGUGAUUUUUGACAAUGAAGAUGAUGCUCAGCCUCAGUUGGAUGAAAACAUUAAAAGACAGCCAAUACAAGAGUCCCGAGUUACAUUACGGUCAGCAGUAGAGAGUGAGUUGAUUUGUAACUUUUGGUCAGAACGUAGACCUGAGAAGAUAUUACAGAUACAGCCCAAGAAAUUGAAUACUGAGAACCAACCAAAACUGGACUCCAAAACUGAGUCAAGUCUAGAUUUAAUAUGCAAGGAACAGUCAAUUGAGAAAACUGACAAACCACCAAAACUGGAUUCUGAGACUGAGUCAAGUCUAGAUUUAAUAUGUGAGAAACAGUCUGUAGAGUUAGCUGAGACAACUGAAAACCCACCAAUACUGGACUCUGAGAUUGAGUCAAGUCUAGAUUUAAUAUGUGAAGAACAGUCAAUUAAGAAAACUGAAAAACCACCAAAACUGGUCUCUGAGAUUGAGUCAAGUCUAGAUUUAAUAUAUGAGGAACAGUCAAUUGAGAAAACUUACAAACCACCAAAACUGGACUCUGAGCCCAAGUUAAGUCUAGAUUUAAUAUGUAAAGAACAGUCUGGACAGUUAGCUGAGAAAACUGAAAAACCACCAAAACUGGACUCUGAGCCCAAGUUAAGUCUAGAUUUAAUAUGUAAGGAACAGUCUGGACAGUUAGCCGAGAAAACUGAAAAAACACCAAAACUGGACUCUGAGCUUGAGUCAAGUCUAGAUUUAAUAUAUGAGGAACAGUCAAUUGAGAAAACUAACAAACCACCAAAACUGGACUCUGAGCCCAAGUUAAGUCUAGAUUUAAUAUGUAAGGAACAGUCUAGACAGUUAGCCGAGAAAACUGAAAAAAUACCAAAACUGGACUUUGAGCUUGAGUCAAGUCUAGAUUUAAUAUGUGAGAAACCGUCUGUAAAGUUAACUGAGACAAUUGAGAAACCACCAAUACUGGACUCUGAGAUUGAGUCAAGUCUAGAUUUAAUAUGUGAGAAACCAAUUGUACAGAAACCGUCUGUACAAUUAACUGAGACAACGGAAAAGCCACCAAAACUGGACUUUGAGAUUGCAUCAAGUCUAGAUUUAAUAUGCAAGGAACAGUCUGGACAGUUAGCUGAUAAAGCUGAAAAACCACCAAAACUGGACUCUGAGCUUGAGUCAAUUCUAGAUUUAAUAUGUGAAGAACAGUCAAUUGAGAAAACUAACGAACCACCAAAACUGGACUCUGAGCUUGAGUCAAGUCUAGAUUUAAUAUGUGAAGAACAGUCAAUUGAGAAAACUAACGAACCACCAAAACUGGACUCUGAGCUUGAGUCAAGUCUAGAUUUAAUAUGUGAAGAACAGUCAAUUGAGAAAACUAACGAACCACCAAAACUGGACUCUGAGCUUGAGUCAAGUCUAGAUUUAAUAUAUGAGGAACAGUCAAUUGAGAAAACUAACAAACCACCAAAACUGGACUCUGAGCCCAAGUUAAGUCUAGAUUUAAUAUGUAAGGAACAGUCUAGACAGUUAGCCGAGAAAACUGAAAAAAUACCAAAACUGGACUUUGAGCUUGAGUCAAGUCUAGAUUUAAUAUGUGAGAAACCGUCUGUAAAGUUAACUGAGACAAUUGAGAAACCACCAAUACUGGACUCUGAGAUUGAGUCAAGUCUAGAUUUAAUAUGUGAGAAACCAAUUGUACAGAAACCGUCUGUACAAUUAACUGAGACAACGGAAAAGCCACCAAAACUGGACUUUGAGAUUGAAUCAAGUCUAGAUUUAAUAUGCAAGGAACAGUCUGGACAGUUAGCUGAUAAAGCUGAAAAACCACCAAAACUGGACUCUGAGCUUGAGUCAAUUCUAGAUUUAAUAUGUGAAGAACAGUCAAUUGAGAAAACUAACGAACCACCAAAACUGGACUCUGAGCUUGAGUCAAGUCUAGAUUUAAUAUGUGAAGAACAGUCAAUUGAGAAAACUAACGAACCACCAAAACUGGACUCUGAGCUUGAGUCAAGUCUAGAUUUAAUAUGUGAAGAACAGUCAAUUGAGAAAACUAACGAACCACCAAAACUGGACUCUGAGCUUGAGUCAAGUCUAGAUUUAAUAUAUGAGGAACAGUCAAUUGAGAAAACUAACAAACCACCAAAACUGGACUCUGAGCCCAAGUUAAGUCUAGAUUUAAUAUGUAAGGAACAGUCUAGACAGUUAGCCGAGAAAACUGAAAAAAUACCAAAACUGGACUUUGAGCUUGAGUCAAGUCUAGAUUUAAUAUGUGAGAAACCGUCUGUAAAGUUAACUGAGACAAUUGAGAAACCACCAAUACUGGACUCUGAGAUUGAGUCAAGUCUAGAUUUAAUAUGUGAGAAACCAAUUGUACAGAAACCGUCUGUACAAUUAACUGAGACAACGGAAAAGCCACCAAAACUGGACUUUGAGAUUGAAUCAAGUCUAGAUUUAAUAUGCAAGGAACAGUCUGGACAGUUAGCUGAUAAAGCUGAAAAAACACCAAAACUGGACUCUGAGCUUGAGUCAAUUCUAGAUUUAAUAUGUGAAGAACAGUCAAUUGAGAAAACUAACGAACCACCAAAACUGGACUCUGAGCUUGAGUCAAGUCUAGAUUUAAUAUGUGAAGAACAGUCAAUUGAGAAAACUAACGAACCACCAAAACUGGACUCUGAGCUUGAGUCAAGUCUAGAUUUAAUAUAUGAGGAACAGUCAAUUGAGAAAACUAACAAACCACCAAAACUGGACUCUGAGCCCAAGUUAAGUCUAGAUUUAAUAUGUAAGGAACAGUCUAGACAGUUAGCCGAGAAAACUGAAAAAAUACCAAAACUGGACUUUGAGCUUGAGUCAAGUCUAGAUUUAAUAUGUGAGAAACCGUCUGUAAAGUUAACUGAGACAAUUGAGAAACCACCAAUACUGGACUCUGAGAUUGAGUCAAGUCUAGAUUUAAUAUGUGAGAAACCAAUUGUACAGAAACCGUCUGUACAAUUAACUGAGACAACGGAAAAGCCACCAAAACUGGACUUUGAGAUUGAAUCAAGUCUAGAUUUAAUAUGCAAGGAACAGUCUGGACAGUUAGCUGAUAAAGCUGAAAAACCACCAAAACUGGACUCUGAGCUUGAGUCAAUUCUAGAUUUAAUAUGUGAAGAACAGUCAAUUGAGAAAACUGACAAACCACAAAAACUGGACUCUGAGCCCAAGUUAAGUCUAGAUUUAAUAUGUAAGGAACAGUCUGGACAGUUAGCUGAGAAAACUGACAAACCACCAAAACUGGACUCUGAGCUUGAGUCAAGUCUAGAUUUAAUAUGUGAAGAACAGUCAAUUGAGAAAACUAACGAACCACCAAAACUGGACUCUGAGCUUGAGUCAAGUCUAGAUUUAAUAUAUGAGGAACAGUCAAUUGAGAAAACUUACAAACCACCAAAACUGGACUCUGAGCCCAAGUUAAGUCUAGAUUUAAUAUGUAAAGAACAGUCUGGACAGUUAGCUGAGAAAACUGAAAAACCACCAAAACUGGACUCUGAGCCCAAGUUAAGUCUAGAUUUAAUAUGUAAGGAACAGUCUGGACAGUUAGCCGAGAAAACUGAAAAAACACCAAAACUGGACUCUGAGCUUGAGUCAAGUCUAGAUUUAAUAUAUGAGGAACAGUCAAUUGAGAAAACGAACAAACCACCAAAACUGGACUCUGAGCCCAAGUUAAGUCUAGAUUUAAUAUGUAAGGAACAGUCUGGACAGUUAGCUGAUAAAACUGAUAAACCACCAAAACUGGACUCUGAGCUUGAGUCAAGUCUAGAUUUAAUAUGUGAAGAACAGUCAAUUGAGAAAACUAACGAACCACCAAAACUGGACUCUGAGCUUGAGUCAAGUCUAGAUUUAAUAUGUGAAGAACAGUCAAUUGAGAAAACUAACGAACCACCAAAACUGGACUCUGAGAUUGAGUCAAGUCUAGAUUUAAUAUAUGAGGAACAGUCAAUUGAGAAAACUUACAAACCACCAAAACUGGACUCUGAGCCCAAGUUAAGUCUAGAUUUAAUAUGUAAGGAACAGUCUGGACAGUUAGCCGAGAAAACUGAAAAAACACCAAAACUGGACUCUGAGCUUGAGUCAAGUCUAGAUUUAAUAUAUGAGGAACAGUCAAUUGAGAAAACGAACAAACCACCAAAACUGGACUCUGAGCCCAAGUUAAGUCUAGAUUUAAUAUGUAAGGAACAGUCUGGACAGUUAGCUGAUAAAACUGAUAAACCACCAAAACUGGACUCUGAGCCCAAGUUAAGUCAAGAUUUAAUAUGUAAGGAACAAUUAACUGAGAACACUGAAAAACCGCCAAUCCUAAACUCGUCUGAGUUAAAUCUAGAUUCAGGUCUAGAUGUGUCUUUAAUAUGUGCUUCAAUUCUUAAACAUUCAGAAGUAAAUGACUACAAAUCACAGUCAGCAGCAGACAGUAAAUCUGAUAGAGUCUCAUCAGUGCCUGACAAAGUAGCUGUAACUCCUGUAAUACCAGAGAAAGCAUCUGUGACAGUGUCUACAGGGCUGCAUAAGACUGACGAACUACAAAACUUACUGGCUGAUCUAGAUUUUGCAAAUUCCAACCUGGAAUCUGCAGCACAUGUCAAUGAAUUAAAGUUACAGGACGAUCAAACAGUGUUGAAGAAGAACUCUGAGAAGCACAGCGCUAUACUGCCUGAAGAUUUUGAAACAGUCAAGCUGUUGAUUCUAGAGGAUUCUGACCUCCAAGACAUCGAGGAAAAAAACCCAAACCGUUCUGAGCCCAGAAGAACAAAAGCUGCAGUGAGCACAGAAAACAAACCAUGCAAAGCGGCACCUGCAAGACUAAGGAUAGUAAAUGUUAGAAAGCCGAUAGAGGAUCAUUACAGUAAACGUGGAAAGCAAACAUGUCAUUUGACAUCUCAGGUGAAAGAGAAACAAGAAGGGGAGCGUGUUUCUACAGCUCAAGUGAUAAAGAGCCUGCCAGGGGCAAAACCAAAGCUAGAUUGUCAGGUUAGCAAGCAACCACAUCAAGCAUCGAAAAUAAUUCCCAAUGCAAAAGAAGCAAGAGGAGAGUCAUCUACAUUACCCAUCACCAAACCACACAGUGUGUAUCGCUCACAGAGGCCUCCAACAGGAACACACAGAUACUCACCUGGACCACCAUUGCAUAACCCCUGCGUUAUUGCCUCAUCAUGUCCUGAAAACUUGGCAACAGGAGAAGCUGUAGCGUUUGGGUCAAUGCAGUUAGACCAGGGACACCCUUGGAAAGUCCGCUCUUCAAACUGUCCUACCUCAUCCCCACAACAGCCUCAUGUUAAACUGAAUGGACCUAAGACCAGACAAUCUGAGCCAGUCCUCAGGAAACAUCCUGCAUCCACAAUAAUAUACAGUUCACCUUCUGGGAUGCCAAAUCCAAGACAAACAAAGAACUUGAAGCAGACCUUUAAAGAGACUCAUAUGAGCAAAAAGAAAAAAGAAUAAAGAUACAGUUUCAUUUUAUAAAUGUAAUGAUGUGCAGUAGAAAGCAAAAUACUAAGAGAAGCCGCUGUUUUAUUUUAGUAUUAAUUUAUGGCAUUGAACUGACAGUUUUAUGUGUUUUUAAUUACAUCUUGCCAAUGGCAGAAUUUUACUCUUGUGUAAUGCGGUAAAUGUUUUUCAGGGAGCAUGUUUUUCUUAUUCAGCAAAACAUUAUACAAAAGUUUUGAUCACUAUAUCUCAAACCCAAACUGAUAACAUUAUUAAUUGUUUUGAUCAUUAUGUGUUCCAGCCAGUUUAACAUGUACUUCACAUUUACACUGUUACAGUAUUGACUGCCACAGAAAUUAUGGGAGGAAAUAGAGUUUCCAGAAAUAACUGGUUUAGAUUGUUACUGAGUAAAACUAAAUAUUAAACAAGAAUAAGCUUUAUCUAACUAAGUGCAUGUUUUAAAACACACACACUUUUAUUUUUUUGUUUGACAAAACCAGAUGAAAAUAGGCUAAUAAACAUCUGACCGCUCAACAGCCAUUGCUUUUUACCAACAUCAAUGCAAGUCAUUUAUGCACAUUCCAGAUCUCUUAUUAGCAUUUGGAAAGGGAAUGAGAGAAGCGUUGUGUGCCCUCUGUUGGCAAAUUAUAUGAUGUUAGGUGGAUUUUGAAGCAAUCAGCUCAACAGACAACAAAGAGGGAUUUUAAGAGCCCGAAAAAAGUCCAACACCGUAAGCAUAUUUUUAACACUGGCUUAGAAUUGUACAACAAAAUCCUGUUUAUCCUAAAAUCUAGCCAGAUUUGAUGAAGGGACGGAUCAUUAAGGGAUAAUUCAAGUCCUGAUCACACAGCCAGGGUUUAUUUCUGCCAUAACAACCGGCUGCCUAUACAUUAUGCCGCUUAUUACAGUGUUAUUUACCUUAUCAGGUAAGGAAUUACAUAUUGAUUUGAAAUAUUUUGCUUAACGACUGCAGACCUUACAUUCAAAUGUCAUGACAUGCUAUUUGUUUUAAUCAUUUGUAAAUGUCAUUUAUGUUAUAUAAAAAACAUAUUUGUAUUUAAUAUUGAUGAUUUCAAUCAUAUUUGACAGACAGAAGUUUUUCUGUUCAUCUGUUGCACCUUUUUUUUUGUGGCGUCCCCCAAGUGUCAGUAUUGGGCCCU